AUGACUGGGCGCAGCGACAUGGAGCCGCCCACCGCUUUCUCCGACUUCCCGGUCCUGCCCUCGGUCGCGCCGUCGGGGCCGCCGCCGUCGCCGCUCGCGGGAGCCGAGCCCGGUCCGGGGCCCGAGGAGGCGCCCGCGGGCCGCGGGGAACCCGAGCCCCUGCCCGCCCCCGCCCCCGCCCUAGGCCGGCGGCGCCGGCGCCCCCUGCACCGCGGGAAGCCUCCCUACUCGUACAUCGCGCUCAUCGCCAUGGCGCUGGCGCACGCCCCCGGACGCCGCCUCACGCUGGCCGCCAUCUACCGCUUCAUCACCGAGCGCUUCGCCUUCUACCGCGACAGCCCGCGCAAGUGGCAGAACAGCAUCCGCCACAACCUCACGCUCAACGACUGCUUCGUGAAGGUGCCCCGCGAGCCGGGCAACCCGGGAAAGGGCAACUACUGGACGCUGGACCCGGCGGCCGCCGACAUGUUCGACAACGGCAGCUUCCUGCGGCGCCGCAAGCGCUUCAAGCGCGCGGAGCCGCCCGCGCCCGCCGCGCUGGCCCCGCCCGUGCUCGCCGCGGGCCCGCCGCCCUGCCCCUACGCGGCCUUCGCCUCGGGCCCCGGGCUGCGUGCGCCGCCGCUGCCCGCCCCCCCCGGGCCCGCUCCGCCCGCGCGGAUCUUCAGCGUGGACAGCCUGGUGGGCCUGCCGCCCGAGCUGGCGGCGCUGGGCGCCCCGGAGCCGCCCUGCUGUGCCGCGCCCGACGCCGCCUUCCCGCCCUGCGCUGCUGCCGCCUCCCCGCCACUCUACGCGCCAGCCCCCGACGGCGUGGGGCUACUCUCGACGCGCCCCGGUCCCGGCCCGCUCCCCGCCGAGCCGCUGCUGGCCUUGGCGGGGCCGCCAGGCGCGCUCGGCCCGCUCGGCCCGGGAGAGGCCUACCUGAGGCCCCCGGGCUACGCACCGGGGCUGGAGCGCUACCUGUGAGCCCUUCCCCACCGUCAGGGGCCGCCUGGGGGUCCCCUAGCACCCAGGACUGGGCGCUGCCUGGGAGCGCCCCCUCCCUGUGCUGCCCCCACCCCUCGGCUGGGACUCACCUCUCUGCCUCUGGGACUGAGCACACCUGAUACCUCUUUCUCUGUCACCCAUCCCAGGGGAGACUCCCACCAUCUUUCCACUGGACUGAACCCUCCACCCACCUGGAUGUGUGAGCUCAUUUCUUCUCCCUCCGCUAUAAGCCCUCAUCUGUGUAAGCCCGGCGCCGUUGUUGAUCCCAUGUCCCUGAGCUGGAUCACCACCGCCCGGGAGCCCCUAGCCCGGGUUUCUGGUGAAUUCCAAGCCUUCAGAAGCCAGACUUUAGAUCUCAAGCCACCUCCCCAACUGGCUCCUCUCUUCCUCAACCUUCCCUCCUGGUUUUUACAUUAGCGGUCAGACUCCUGGGUUCGAGACUCCCUCGAUGGCUUCCCUUCAUUUCCCCCAAGUGCAUCCCCGAACCCACUUGCUGUCUGUCCUCAGUUUCUUACUGGGAAGUUGCCCCGCUUCCGCAGACACACCUGGCUGUGCUGUUCCAAGCCCUGAAGACAGCUCUUCUUGAUUUCUGAGACAAGCAGCAUCAGGGGCUCCGGACGGAAAGGGGAGUUAGUGGGCUACGAGCCAUCUGGGAAACUUAGGACUUGUUACAUUAUUUUUUAAAUUAAAGCUGGUUUGAUUAAAAAGAAAGAAGAAAUCUCCCCCUCAGCUUGGUGUGCUGGCUGGUGACUUG